AUGCCUUCAUUAGCCGAGACAAUUCGAAGCUUUCCUCCGGUGACUCGAUUCUUCACCAUCACAUCCGUCUUAUCAUGCAUUGCCUGUAGUAUGCAGUUGGUUCGGCCUUCUGUAUUCUUUUUUUCAUUGUCAGAGAUCGAGCCAAGCUGGUACAUGGUGAAGGUGGCAUUAGCAAAUGGCACAGUGUUCGAGGUGGUUAAAUCGAUACUCUUGUUCUUAUUGCAGAGCUACAGGUGCUUCACUUCAUUCCUCUUACCUAGUGGCUAUUUUUACAAUAGCGAUAUUGAGGCCGUUUUGGACAUUUAUUUCUUCUACACCUUCGCCAACCACUUGGAGAGUUUCCAUGGCAAGUUCCACGGCAACUUCCCCGACUGUCUUUGGUUCACUUUGGUCACAGGAACAUCCAUUAUCCUUCUCACCUUAGCAUAUGGUUUGACCAUAAACUCGACGCAACUUUUCAUUCACCACGAAAUCAUGUUAUCAUGUCUCACCUACUACUGGUCCAGAUGUUCCAAGGAUCUGAUGAUUAAUUUCAUGGGAGUUAUUCCUGUCAAGGCCUAUUACUUGCCUUUGUUCAAUAUCUUCCUUAAGAUGGUUGCCAGGGGUUUCUCGGGCUUCUUGGACUCCUUUAUUGGAAUCUUCGCUGGAUACCUCUACCAAUGUAUCCAAUCUGACACCAUACCCAUCUACAACCUUUUCCCCGACUCGUACCUGGGCUACACCUCGAAUAAUGCUGGCAGAAGAGUGGGUACCAACACCAUCCACACUAAGGUCCCUGAAGGAAUCGAGGACGCCAUUUUUGACAAGGGCUAUUUGAAGGCACCCUUGUUUCUUUACAAUAUUUUAAAAUACCCUGUACAAACCUCGACCAGAGAAACUGCCUUCCGUCAUAAGCUGAGCUACGGAGGAAGCCCUGCCUACAAGCCUAAGGAAACCACCAGCGACGUUUCGCCUCCUGGGCAAAAAAGUGCGUUCAAGGGUAGCGGGAGAAGAUUGGGCGAUUAA